ACCGGGCGGAAACAGGGUCUUUUUUUUUUUCCCCCCUACCUGUGUGGAUUUCUUUUAAAACUCCAUUUAUUUAAAAACUCUUCACGCCUCCUUUUCUUGUCUCUCUUGCCCCAGGCUGUGGUGCUGAAGCGACGCUGCUCGAGGUGGGUCCGGAGCCCGCGGCCCCGGAGGCGGACACAAGCAUCGCGAGGGGGAGAACCGGGCUGUCCCCGGCUCUGCAAGGCGGCCCGACGCCCGCAGCCCCGGAAGCGCAUCCUCGCCUUGCCUUCCUGUUCCCGGCAGCGCCCGGCUCCGGGCGUCUCUUCGCUGGCCCACUGUCCGCGCCGGCCCUGCCCCAGCCGAGAGCACCUGCGCGGCAGGCCCGCAGCUGGCAGCCUCGCGCCCCUCACACGGCCGCGAGACUCGGGACACUGAAUGGUUUCCAGGUUUUUGAAAUUACAGGGUUGCUAGAAACAUUCUUGUAGGGGUCUCCUGUGCACAGCCCCAAGAAUUCCUCCAGAAAUCUUUCUAGGAGCAGUGAGGAAGACAGAAGAACCACUUGGGCUGGUAAAGCCAUCUGCCAGGCACUACUGCCACCAUGCCCAAGAGAAAGGCAAAAGGAGAUGCUAAAGGUGACAAAGCAAAGGUGAAGGAUGAGCCACAGAGGAGAUCGGCACGGUUGUCUGCUAAACCUGCCCCUCCAAAACCAGAGCCCAGGGCAAAAAAGGCCCCUGCAAAGAAGGGAGAGAAGCUGGCCAAAGGGAGAAAGGGGAAAGCAGAAGGCAACAAAGAUGGGAACAACCCUGCAAAAAACCGAGACGCCUCCACAGUCCAGUCACAGAAAGCAGAAGGCACCGGGGAUGCCAAGUGAAGUAUACAUUUUUGAUAGCUCUGUACUUCUAGUGACUCUACUGUUUGAAAUACUAUUUUUUUUAAAUCAAAUUUUGUAAAAACGUAGAUUUUUUUUUUUUAAGUUAUGUUGUUAGCACACAAGACGCUUUGUUGUUAUCUUUUGUGGAAAGGGCAAAAUAACCACUAGUAGAAUGUUUCAGAAGCUGGAUUGAAAUGGGGGAAAACAGAAUUUUCUAUCGUAUUUGAAGAUUAUUCUUGGUUCCCAGGAGAGAUUCUCCGACAUUCACACAUGACAGCCACUAUGGCUCAGAAGCCUUACCGUGUGGGGAAGCAAAACUUCAUGUCUUCUCCUUUCCUGAUGCCAUCAAAAACACAUCCUUGACUUCCUGAAACCAAGAGUCAUGAUGCGGCCUUGGCACCCCUAGAAUCAGCUGCGUCAGGUAACAACACUCAGGAUUUCUAGUGAUGACAUCAAGAUGGUAUUGCUCAAAAGAGCCAGGAUUCCUGUUUGUAGUUUGUGGAUCAUCUCAUUAAUAGUCCUGGAGUUUUUAGUUCCUUUCCUCCAUGUCAGAGGUGACCUGUGAAAAGCUCUUAUAUGCCUCAUGUGAAAUAUUCACCCUUUCUGAAAACCUUUCCUGUUCAUUGCAGCAACAGACUUUGCUGACUUUUUGGAGAGGGGAGUUUGAAAGUUGUAAGAUGUUACGGAUUGUCACCCAUGUCCUGCUGGAAGUAACUAUUUUUGAAAAGUAUCUUAUAAAGCUGGAUACAAGUUGGCUUCAUGGGAGGGGAGGGAUCAUUUCCUACUCCAAGUCAUAAAGAUAUCCUUUACUGCCUUGUAAAAGUUUUAUAGUUUUGCUUUUCACAUUUGUCUUUAGUCUUCCCUGAACUGAUUUUUGCAAAAAUAUGAGAUAGUAAUUCAAUAUAAUAUUUUUUCCAUAUGGUAAGUGGUUGUCCCAACCACUUGGUUGUCCCAACUUUUCUGAAAAGUUCAUCCUUUCCCCACUGAUCUGUAAUAGUGGCUUUUUUCAUAAAUCAAGUUUCUUUCGCACGGGGCGGGGGUGGGGGGAGCUGGGAGAGGUCUGUUGAUGGUUUCGAUUCUGACUCACUGGUCAAUUUGUCUAACCUUGUGGCAAUACUAUACAAUCCUGAGUACUACAACUUUAGAAAAAGGUCUUGAUAUCUCAGGACAAAUACCACCUCCACCUUUAACAUCACCACCAAACUUUUCUUCGUUCGAGUAUCUUGGCUAUAUUCUUAGCCAACUGCUUUUCCAUAUAACUUCUAGAAUUAGAUU